CUCCGGAAUUGACGUUAUACACGUGUAGCAUGAUGGUGGCUAGCAGCAGCUGAGAGAAGCCACAUAAAAUAUUAUUUGUGAUAUCAGGUUGUUAAUUGCAAUUUUGCAUGUUCAUUAAAAAGUCCUUCCCUAAACGUGAAAUCACUCAAAUUCUGGGGAGCCAUGGUGACAAAGAAGAAAACGGUGAAAGUGGAGGCUGUGGUAUUGGACAAGGACAGGCGUGACAAGUUGAUAGUGUCUCUCUCUGUGGAUGGAGGAGAUGAGUGGAUCAGACAGCUUGCCCAGACCUUGCAGGACUGUCUGGCGUUGACUGACCCAAUGCAGCAGAUCCAACUGGUCAAGAAGGCAGGAUCUCAGUUGGAGCUGCUGAGUGAGGAGGAAACUUCCCGUGGGCCUCUCCUCCAGGCCUGUCUGCACACCAUGGCCCUCAUCUACACCUCCCUGCUGGCUAAGAACCCCCUCCGUAGGGCCAGCGCCAGUGCCCUGAGCUCUGUACCGGACUGGCUGCAGGAGCAGACUGUCAUCUGUCUAUCCGCGUGCCUGUCGGACAGUCUGUCCACUGUGGGCUCAGACCACAGCUCAUACUCGCACCUAAUAGACUCUAUCACAGCUUGUCUAGAUGCCUUCCCUCUCGGUGAGAGGUGUAUACACAGGCUGCUAGCAGAGGUGUUACCGUUCCUCCAUAAGGCCUUGAGUGAAUACCUCCAACUCAACAGUGGUCUAGCAGGUCGCCAUGUGGUCCAGGCCCAGCUCAUGCACUCGUGUCUGGCUGCGGUGAAGGCCUCCAUGUUGGUGGUGCAGAGGUCCCAGGAGCUCAUCAGUGCCGCCCUACAGGCAGUUCAUCCUCACUGCACCCUGCAGCUCACCCUCAGUGGCCUACUGGACUGCUACACACACAUCCUCACAGAUGAGAACUUCCUGCAGGCAGUGCAGAGCACGGCUGGCAUGGCAGUGGUCCUGCUGACCCGGUCUGUCAUGGGGAGUGGAGAUGGAGUGGCCGCAGUGGUGGCAGGUCUCCUGCAAGUUUCAGAGCAGAGUGGUGAGUGCGCCCCCGUGUGGCUGACACAGAGCUGUAGGGGGCUGUAUGACAGUGGCCGUCCCGCGGGGGUGUCCCUCUACCUGUGUCAUGGGGCCCUGGCUAUGCUAAACUGGAGAGGGGCAACCCAGGGGCCACAGAGGGAACAGCUGCUGCUGCUGGUUCCUCACACACUGCUGGCGCUGGACACCAGUGUAAAGGAGUCCAGCACAGCCAUGGUGGUAGCCCGCGUGCUGACCCUGUGGAGCGGAGCUGCCUUGGAAAGCCUGCAGGGUGGGCUGUCGUCUACCCCAGGCCUGCUUCACAACUCCCUCCGCGGGGGCUCAGAGCUCCAGGGGCACCUGCUGGAGCACGUCUACACCCACUGGGAGCACCCCUUGGAUGGGGUCCGCCACCAGACCCGCGCCCUCUUCAAGAACCUCCUCCUCCUGCACCAGCACAGCAGCCCUCUAGCCUUUUCUGACCCCUACAGGGACCCAUACUUUACCCAGCUAACCCACAACCUGCUGGGCCUGGAGUGGCACCAGAGAGGGAAGUAUGGCUCUCUGGCCUGCCUGGUGGAGCUCCUAGGGGCAGGGUACCUGUUGGCUCUGGACCCCCAGCUGCCCUCACGUCUCCUGGGCUUGAUGGGGGACCAGACCCUGGCACCUUACGCUAGCGACCUGCUAGAGAGGCUGUUUGUCAGUCACAAGGCCCAGCUGGUUGAGGAAGGUGGCACAGGGGGCACAGAGGCGGGCAUGGAGAGGUGGCACCAGACCUGGGUGACCCCAUUGCUUCAGGUGCUGUGUAGAGCCAGGCUGGACCAGACCACCUAUAUCCUGGAUUAUUUCCUUCCCAAGCUGCUGCGCUGUUCCCCCUCCAGUCUGGCCCACAUGGUACAGGCCCUACAGGUCACCCCACCCUGCAGCACAGGACCUCCGGGCAGUAGGGGUGCUUUGGGUGCUCUGAUGACGUGUCUGCGUGCAGCACGUGCCCAGGGGGUGGUCCAGUCAGAGGAGGGGCUGUGGGGGGGACUUGUACCCCUCUUUCUGCUCCGUCAGGCUCUGGUUCACAAACACGACCAGGUGCGAAUGGACGCUCUUGGGUUAUUGUGCGAGAGUCAUCGUCGCACAGAGGUUCUGACAUCGCAGGAAAUAGAGCUGCUUCAUCACUUCCUGCCCUCCAGUCUAAACAGCCAAUCACCAGGAGUCAGGCAGCUGACUGUCAGCCUGCUCAAAAAGCUGCUGUGCAGAGUGAAGGACAGUGGUCAGUCACUGCAGAGGAGGCUGGUCCAGGAGAGAGACCAGGGACAGAAGGACAGAGACCAAUACAUCCUGGACACGUACAAGGAGUUCCUGUGCUGGCUGUGUGAGAGCCUGUUCGGUGUGCUUCUCCCCGGGGCCUCCUUCUCCACCUGCCUGACAGCCCUCCACCUGCUGUGCCAGCUGGCCCACCUCUUCACCUUCAACACUGGGUCUGAUGAUGUGUUUGCUCUGGGAGAGGUGGUGACCCCUGCACAAGCGCAGAAUGUCCUCUACUGCGUCGCCAGCAACUUCCUGGAGGUCAAGCAGCUGGCCUCCGCAUUGCUACGGCAACUCCCUCCGUCUGCCGUGGGGCUGCAGGAGCCAGGCAGGAUGCAGACUCUGCUCCAGGCAGCUUUGGACCUCAGCACCAGCACCAAGCCUUUUGACAGUGUCACGGCUGCCCACCUCUUCAACCUGUUCCUUCGCCAGCCUGCCCUGCCCCAGGCCCUGUUGCUCUGUGCCCAGGAGCAGGGCCUCUCCUUCCAGCCUCCUGCUCUAACCCAGCCCCAGGCUUUUGAGGCCCUCACCCUGGAGACGAACACUCUGGCAGUGGUGCAGUACUUGUUGCUGUGUCUGAAGGCUGAGGUGGUGAAGGCAGAGUCGUCUCUCCUGCUGGCGGCAGCCUCCUACCCUCUCUACGGCCGAGCCCACUGUAUCACUGCUGCCUUACAGCAACUCAACACCGGGUGUCUGACUCUGACAGGCCAGUGGAGGAAUUUGAUGUCAGAGCUCAUCACAGUGUCCUAUAGGAUGUCUGACGUAGUGUCACCUGUCGUCCAGAGCUCCUCCCCCGAAGGCCUCAUCCCCAUGGAUACAGACUCAGAAACGUCCGCUGGUCUGCAGAGGAUCCUGCAGGAGAUACAGCCUCGCGACACCAACGACUUUUUCACCAGCGUCAGAGAACUGGACACCGAGCCGUCUGGACAGGAGAACGGACCUGCGGCCCCCACAGACAGACCACAGCAUGACAGCCCAGGUGGUAGUGGUGAGGGCUACAGGGUGACCGCUCAGAUGGUGUUGGUGUGCUGCUGGAGGAGUAUGAAGGAGGUGUCCAUGGUGCUGGGUCAAGUGUGUCAGAGCCUCCCCUUACAGACCUCCAGCAAACACUCUGACCAGGGGCUCAUCACCGAGGAGCAGGUGGAGGGGGUGGGCCUGUACUUCCGUCAGCAGCUCCUCCAGUCUCGUCACCGAGGGGCCUUUGAGCUGGCCUACGUGGGCUUUGUACGUCUCACCGACAUGCUGCGCAGGAGUGGAAGCAGAACCCUGCAGCAGCUGCCUGGUCGCUGGCUCACGGAGGUCCUACAGGAGGUCAAGUCCAGUGACCCCUCCUCCAAACUGUGUGCCACGCGCCGCAGCGCAGGCAUCCCAUUCUACAUCCAGGCCCUGUUGUCAUCCGAGCCCAAGUCGUCCAGCUGCAGCCUGCUGAAGAUGACCAUGAGAGAGCUGACCGCCCUGGCCAUGCCCUCUCCUGACAGAGCCACUGACCAGACCACUGUCCCUCAGGUUCAUGCUCUCAACAUCCUGAGGGCUCUGUACAGAGACACUCGUCUGGGGGAGAACAUCAUUCCCUUUGUCUCUGAGGGAAUGCAGGCUGCUGUCCUGGGCUUCACCUCCCCCGUCUGGGCUGUGAGGAACUCCUCCACCCUGCUCUUCAGCACUCUGAUCACGAGGAUCUUUGGAGUGAAGAAAGGGAAGGACGAGCACUCCAAAGAGAACAGGAUGACGGGCCGGGAGUUCUUCACUCGUUUCCCGGCGCUCUAUCCCUUCCUCCUGAGCCAGCUGGAGGAGGCUGCAGCGUCGGUGGACAGUGACAGGGGUCAGGUGAUUCUGCACCCCAGCCUGUUCCUGUUGCUGCUGGUGUUGGGGCGUCUCUUCCCCUCGCCCAUGGACGGGUCUUCUUCCCCCCUGGGCCUAGCCCCCUUCAUGCCUUUCAUCAUCAGGUGUGGUCGUUCUGCGGUCUACCGGACCCGUGAGAUGGCCGCCCGGGCCCUGGUCCCGUUCGUCAUGGUAACCCAGGUCCCCUCCACCAUCCAGACUCUACUGGAGGACCUGCCUCUGGAAGCCGGGCCUAGAACCCAGCAGAACCACAUCCACGGAAUCCUGCUCCAGGUGCUGUUCCUGCUGCGCUCCUACCAGACGGAUACACACAGACCACAGGCGGCAGGAAGUGACAUCAGCCAAGCCCUGCGCCCACGACUGUGGCUCGCCUCCAGGCAGAACCUGUGUUUAGUGACCCGAGCUGUGUUUGUGGACGUGCUGGGGGCCGUGUGUGGACCCCUGGCUGCUCCUGUUGGAGACUCUGAGCUAAAGGAGCUGCGUGAGGAAACGCUGGCACUCCUGAUGGCCUCUGAGCUGGUGACCCCUGGAGGCCCCUCUGCUGUGUGUGGCCCCUCAGGCCCCCCCGGCACCACCCAGUAUCUCCUCAGCCUGGCACGCCUGGCACUCAGCGCCAGCGUGGAGAGCCCACUGCUGUGGGGCAUGGAAGAGGAUGGCAACACAUCGCGAGGACCCCUGCUCCUGGGGUGUCUGCUGCAGUGCCCGCACUACGAAGUCCGUGAGCUGGCCCUGGGAGAGGUCCUGAGGAGGCUGGAAAGGGAGAGGGAUGAAGGAAAGGGGGAGGAGGAGAGAAGCUCUCACUGGCCCCAGGAGACCAUCAUCUCAAACCUCACUACCCUGGCCCUGCAUGAGGCCCACCCCCAGUCUCUGGCCAAGGUGCUGCAGGUGCUGUCUGUCCUCAGCGUGAACUCUGACCUGCUGUGGGGGGACAGUCUGCGGAAUCUGACCCAGACAGAGGUCCUGGAGCGGGUUCUCACUCUGGCUGAAGGCUUUGCCCACAGUGUGGAGUUGCACUGUGCUUCCCUGACCCUGGCCUCUAGAUUGGUGGUGCACCUAGUACACAGUGACCCUCAGGGUGUGGCUGCAGUAGCGUGUCUGGGGCGCUGGGGGGCGCUGGUGUCUCAGUCCUGCGGUGUGGAGCAAAAUGCAGAGGUCAAGAUGAUGGCUGCAGAGGUACUGGUCAACGCCACACCCACCUUGUUGACCAGCCCCAACCUACCAUUGGGUGUGUCCCACACAGUGUCUCUGUGGAGAGGUCUGUUCACUCUACUGCAGGACGAGGACCAGGAUGUCCGAGACAGAGCUGCUGACUUCAUCUCCAACCUCCCUACACACCUACUGAACCCAGAUGUGGCCUGUGUCUCGGUGUGCCCACCUGUUGCCCUGGACAUGGGUGUGGGGUUGCUAUGCCAGCUGUUCCAGCUGUGGGGGCAGGUGCCAAUGGGCAUCCUCACCCUGACAGAGUGGCUGCUGGGAGACCAGGAGCAAGAGACAGCCACAGCAGAAGCAACUGGCCUGGAUGAAGAGGACUUCCUGUUUGAGAAGGGCGAUCUGAACCUUUGGGCCGAGCCUGUCCAGUGGGCACGGCUACUACACAGACACCUGGGUGUCCUCUUCAAGGCCCCAGGGUGGACGGCUCUGAACCAGAACCAGGCAGAGUUGCUCAGACUUUCAGCCCAGGCAGAGGCCCUAUCCCUGGCCACCCAGCAGGCUCUAGAGGGCCUCCCAGCCCUGCCCCAGUUUUCCUGCACCAUAGAGCAUGCCCGGCUGGCCCUACAGCAGGAGAGGGCCACACUGGCUCUGGCUAUACUGGGGACCCUGAGACAGACUGGUCUGUCAGGCUGAGGACCAGGGAAGAUCAAUGUCGGUCUAAGACACCAUAGCCACUAGUAAGUUAACAUUCUUGGUCGGUUUCUGGGGUCAAGACCAGAGUAAAGGUGGAUUUGGUAUUGUAGAUUGAACCUUCUCGAUAGAUAUUCAGGUUGGAGUUCUGUCAAGUCUUCACUUGUUAAGAUAACUGAUGGUGAAAAGGGGGUGGAGUAUGAUCUAUUAACCACAGUUAUGGAAUUACAUUUUUCAGCUGUGAGACAUCACUUAGUGCCUGGAAAUGCAUCAAUGGUCUCGCUACUCCAAUACAUAUUUUGAUUUGAACAAUUAUGCAAGCAGUACACAUUUUAACGACUAACAUUUUAAUCAGCGGCGGUUGUAUUUGUUUUAGAAGGGAAUGUACUGCGGAAAGUGUUUAUGUUUGAGUUUUGUUUCUGUUUUUCAAAUUAAAGAUGCCUAAUUCA